CUCACUGUGAAUGUGACGUCAUCUAUGGGCCAACGUGAGCUAAGAUUACGUGGCAGCGGACUUGCUGUGUUGGAAAUCGUGUGUAAAUUGCCGAUUUUUACCCUAAAUUCUGGCUUUACGAACGAGUACAGAGGAACCUAUUUGAAGUGUCCUGAUUUUUGUCCCUACAACGUCUGAAGUCUCACUCGAAAAAGCGGAAAGAAAGCACUACAAAAUGGGACUUUCGAUAUCAAAUCUCUUCAAUAGAUUUUUCGGCAAGAAAAAUAUGCGGAUAUUAAUGGUUGGACUUGAUGCUGCAGGGAAGACCACAAUUCUUUACAAACUCAAACUCGGAGAAAUAGUCACAACGAUACCCACCAUUGGUUUUAAUGUUGAAUCAGUGGAAUACAAGAACAUCAAUUUCACUGUCUGGGACGUUGGCGGCCAAGACAAAAUCCGACCACUCUGGAGACACUACUUCACAAACACGCAGGGAUUAAUCUUUGUAGUUGACAGCAACGACAAGGAAAGGAUCGAAGAGGCAAAAGCAGAACUUAGCAAAAUGUUGGAUGAGGAUGAGCUCAAGGACGCCAUCUUGCUUGUGUUUGCCAACAAACAGGACUUGCCAAGCGCAAUUUCCGUCAGCGAGGUGACAGACAAGCUAGGAUUGAACAACCUGAGGAACAAAAAGUGGUACGUCCAAGCAGCAUGCGCGACGCAAGGCACCGGACUCUACGAGGGUCUAGACUGGUUAUCGGAAGAGCUGGCUAAGGCGUUCACUUAAACUCUUGUCUCUGCUUUAUGUCUCACGUGUCCUGUCCUCGAGUGUGACUUAUCUGUGUAGAGCUCACCUAUGUACAAAAUGUUUUCAUUCUUUGGGGCCUUCAAAUGUUUUGUUUGUUUGAGUGUGUGCGUCAGUGCUAAUGUUGAUUUUGUUAUCAUUAACCCUAACUCCCUAGCGUGAUUUACUAGGAACCAUACCCAUCCUGGCAAAUUCCAACACCAUAUGGGAAACUGCACACAUAUUUUUGACUUUGAUUCUUGAGGUGUGCCAACCCAAUGUAAAAGACUGUCAGUUUAGGGGUACUGCACCCAUCCCGACAGAUUCCAACAAAACAUGCCGUUGGGUUUUGAUGGGUUGAGUUCUGUUAGGGUUAACGGGCAGGCUCCGUGCACGACUCCAAGAUCGUGAGGUUAAUGCAUCAAAAUCACUCUUUAGCAAGGGUGCUUGAGUAAGGGGGAAUUUAUUGCUGUGCACAACAGUCAUCCGCAUACUCAAUCUGCUCACCAUUUCCGUGCAGUUUUCUUGGUUUUGAGUCGCGCAAACACUGGUUUGCGCUUCACGUGCUACCUGUGCCAUGACAAGCUCCCUCGCUUGUCUCUCACAGGCCACAUACCGCCCUCUACAGAUGCUGCCUGGAGAGUAUGAGUUGAGUAACGUGUCCAAAAAGCAUUAAUUUGCAGUAAACAGCCGCAAUGUAAUUUGCAUCACAGAAGGCAACGGUUAUCAUCAAUAGUAAUCAUCAGAUACAAUUGUUGCUGUCUGAAAGUUUUGCUACCCUUGUUACUGCAUGACCUCAUCCAGACGCGAAAAUCUGAAAGGGUAACAAAGUCAAUAUUUUUUUAAUUGCGUACAGAUACUCAAAACAAAGCAAGGAAAAUUGUU